GCAAUCAGAAACUCGAGAGUGUUGUGCUUAGUAAAAUGAACUUUGAAUCUUUUCUGAGAGAUCUACUUCUGGUUCGUCAGUACAGAGUUGAAAUUUACAAGAACAAAGCAGGAAGUAAAUCUACCAAAGAGAAUGACUGGUAUUUGGCAUACAAGGGUUCUCCAGGUAACCUUGCCCAGUUUGAGGAAAUUCUCUUUGGCAAUAAUGACAUGUCGACUGCCAUUGGUGUUGUGGGUGUUAAGCUAUAUACUGCUGAUGGACAAAGAAUAGUUGGAGUUGGGUAUGUCGACACUACGCUCAGGAAGCUGGGUGUCUGUGAGUUUCCAGAUAAUGAUCAAUUCUCAAACCUUGAAGCUCUGCUGGUUCAAAUUGGACCUAAGGAAUGUGUGCUACCAGGAGGAGAGACUGCUGGAGAUAUGGGAAAACUACGACAC